GGUUAGGUUAGAUGAAAACGUGAAACGUCAUUUUAUACCGGAGUAUUGUAUAUUCACUAUUUGUGCAACAAAAACAAAAUAAAUAUAUAAAUAAAAAAAAAAAAGUGAAAAACAAAGAGUGAGAAAUUUUUGAAAUAUUGUUGUUAUAUUUUAAAUUGUGAGAUUUGGGACAUAUAAUGCCACCAAAAAAGAAGCCGGAGGAGGCAGUUAUAUUUCUUGUUAACGUCGGUCAAGAAAGUAAUGAAAUUCUUGAAAAUGAAACUCAAACAUUUUUGGAUAAAGCCAAAAUAAUUGUAAAACAAAUUUUAGAACGUAAAAUAUUUCUUCGUAAAAAAGACAACGCUAAUAUAAUAUGUUUUGGCUCAAAUGAAACUGAUAAUGAAGAAAAUAUGGAAAAUAUUUAUCAAUUUAAAUCCGAAUUAGAACAUCCAAAUUGGGAAAUGGUGGAAAAAACUCUUCAACUUCAAUCAACGAAUCGUACAUCAAGUUGGGUUGAAGGAUUACAUGUUGCGCUUCAAUUCGCUAAAGAAAAAUGCUCACUUGCAGAAGAUGAUGUUAAAGUAAUAAUUAUCAACAACUUUAAAGAAAGUGAAGAUGUAAUUUUACAAUUUAAUGCAAGAGACGUUGCAGAUGAAAUUGUCAAUUCAAAAGUUAAAUUGAUGUUUAUUGGUUCUUCCGAUUUUUUUGAAACGAGCACAAAUAAUUUAAAUAUAAGUCAACAACUUGCUGCAAAAGUUUAUCGUUUUAUUAAACAAACAGAAAAUAAUGAUUUCUAUGCUUAUGAUCAAAUAGAUAAUUAUUUAUUGGAGACACGUUUUUAUAAAAAUCCACCAGUGAAACCAACUCCUUGGAAAUGUCCUCUUGAAAUUGGAAGUAUUUCAAUUUCUACAUUAACAUACGUCAAGGUAACAGAACCUGCUCCUUUUCCAAGUUGGAAAUUAACAACACGAAGUGAUUCCGUUGGAUUUCCACCAGAAAGCGAAGUGGAUGUUAAACGUACCACGGAAUAUGUCGAUCGUUAUAGAAAUGUUACAGACGACGAAAAUACUAAUAAAGGUUAUAAAUACGGUGGUACUUUCAUUCCUUUCACAGAUAACGAUAAAGAUAAGGCAAAAUUUAAAGGAACUGUAAAAUCUUUAAUUGUUCGGGGUUUUGUCAAAGAAGAAGAAGUAUCAUUGGAACAUUGGUUUGGAAAAGGGUCGCAUAUAAUUGUUCCCGAAGAUAAUGCCGAUUCGAAGAAUAAAUUUUAUGCCUUAGUGGGUAACAUGAAACAUUUAGGUUUAGUGGCAAUUGUCAGAAAAGUUUAUCAGGCGAACAGUCAACCGAAAAUGGGUAUUUUAUUUCCCCGCAUUGAAGAAGGAGAAAUUGCGUGCCUCGUGCAUGUUGGACUUCCGUUCAUUGAGGAGCGACGUGUUUUAAAACCAAGAGAGGAAUUAAAUUUACUGAAUGAGGAACAAGAAAAAGACAUUGAUGAUUAUAUUGAGUCAAUGACACUCCCGAAAGACGAUGAAAAUUUUCAACCUGGAAGUUUUUGCAAUCCUUUAAAACAACAUAAAUGGGAUUAUUUGUCCUAUCGUGCAUUGAAUCGUGAUCCAUUGCCACCAAUGGAUCAAUAUUUAAUGGAUUUAAUAUCAACUCCUAAAAAUCUUAUUGAAAAAAGUGAACCAAUUUUGGAAAAAUUGUCACAAUGGGUCAAGCCUAAGCCCGUGGUUAUUAAAAAAAAAGAAACAUCUGAUGAAAAUGAGGAAAAUGUUAAUAAAGUCGUGAAUGAUGAUAUAAAAACCGAAGAAGAAUUAAUAAAAGCAGCUGAAGAGGCUGAAAAGGAAAUAAAAAAGAAAGAGGAUAUUUUCAAUGAAAUUGUCGAAUCAACAACAAAUAAUGACGAUGAUCUUUUCGACGAUCUUUAAUGGAAUCAUGGUUCACUGAAGAAAUUGAAUGUAUACUUAAUGUAUUUAAAAAAAAAAAAAAUGAUUUCUAUUUGAAAUUGUUAUAAAUAAAAUUUUUUAUUUUCUAAAAA